AUGGCGCGCCCCCAGGUCCUAGCGUUCGGACUCCUGCUCUCAGCGGCGACGGCAGCGGUGGCCGCGGCUCAGAAAGAAUGUAUCUGUGAAAACUAUAAGCUCGCUACAGACUGCUAUAAGAAUGAAAAUGAUGAAUGCCAGUGUACAUCCAUUGGUACAAAAAAUACUGUCAUUUGUUCCAAAUUGGCAUCCAAAUGUUUGGUGAUGAAGGCAGAAAUGAAUUCCUCAAAGUCUGGGAGAAGAGGGAAACCGGAAGGGGCGAUCCAGAACAAUGACGGGCUGUAUGACCCUGACUGUGACGAGAAAGGGCUCUUUAAAGCCAAGCAGUGCAAUGGCACUGCCACGUGCUGGUGUGUGAACACUGCUGGGGUCCGAAGAACUGACAAGGACACUGAAAUUACCUGCUCYGAACGAGUGAGGACCUUCUGGAUCAUGAUUGAACUGAAACACAAAGCAAGGGAAAAACCUUACAAUGUUCAAAGUUUGCAGACUGCAAUUCAAGAAAUGAUGACCACUCGGUAUCUACUGGAUCCAAAAUUUAUCACAAAUAUUCUGUAUGAGAAUAAUGUUAUCACUAUUGAUCUGGUGCAAAAUUCUUCUCAGAAAACUCAAAAUGAUGUGGACAUAGCUGAUGUGGCUUAUUAUUUUGAAAAAGAUGUGAAAGGGGAAUCCUUGUUCCGUACAUCAAAAAUAGACCUGAGAGUAGAUGGGGAACAACUAGAACUGGAUCCUGGUCAAACUUUAAUUUAUUAUGUUGAUGAAAAGGCCCCUGAAUUUUCAAUGCAGGGCCUAAAAGCUGGUAUUAUAGCUGUCAUUGUGGUUGUGACAAUAGCAGUUAUUGCUGGUAUUGUUGUCCUGGUUAUUUCCAGAAGGAAGAAAACAACAAAGUAUGAGAAGGCUGAGAUAAAGGAGAUGGGUGAGAUGCAUAGAGAACUCAGUACAUAA